AUGGCCCUGGCGACCCCUCACGAGGGCGCUGCUACCCGCAAGUACUCCCACGACGACCUGGCGCUGCUUAGCGACUCGAUUGCGCCCUACGACCCCGAACGGGGCAGAGUGCCCACCAACCCCAACUUGGGCCAGGAGCUCUCGAGAACGAUGUCCCAGCGCGUCCAGAACGUCGAGCUGAUCUACGCCGAGCUGCAGAAGCUGACCACCCCGUUGCCCACCAUGGGCGGGGGCAGACCCUACCCGCCAUUGUUGCCCGACAGAGGCCCUUACGAAGUGCAAUUCGACGGGCCCGACGACCCCAUUCACCCGUUCAACUGGGCGUUCCGCCGCAAGAUCAUCAUCUGUGGCGCGCUCGCGUUGUCGGCGUUUUCGGUGUCGAUGGGGUCGGCGAUGUUUUCGGCGUCGCUGAACCAGCUCAUGGAGCACUACCACAUCGGGUGGACCCCCGCCACGUUGGGGACGACGCUUUUCGUGUUUGGUUUCGCCUCGGGGCCCGUCAUCUGGGGUCCGCUUUCGGAAUUGUUUGGUCGCCGUAUCGUGCUUAUUAUCUCGUGUUUCGGGUACGUGUGUUUCAACUUUGCCACCGCCGUGUCUAAGGAUAUCCAGUCGAUCAUGAUCUGUCGGUUUUUCGCCGGUUUCAUCGGGGCGGCGCCGCUCGUGGUUGCCCCCGCUGCUUUCACCGAUAUGUACACCUCCAAGUACCGUGGUCUCGCCAUCACCGUGUUCGUGGUGACGAUUUUCGCCGGUCCGAUGAUGGCGCCCAUUUUGGGGGCGUUCACCGUCAAGAACCACGCCCUCGGGUGGCGCUGGACCUGUUACUUCACCGGUAUCGUGGGUGCGUUCUCGCUCAUCCUCGUGGUGGUGCUUUUCCCCGAAACUUAUGCCCCCAUCAUCCUUAAGGAAAAGGCCGAGACUCUCCGUCGUCGCACUAAGAACUGGGGGAUCUACGCUCCUCACGAUGAGUUCACCCUUACCUUGAAGGAGAUUUGUGAAAAGAACAUUACUCGUCCGUUGGUGAUGUUGUUCACCGAACCGAUCUUGUUCAUGGUCACCCUUUACAACGCCUUCGUCUACGGGAUCUUGUACAUGUUCCUUACCGCCAUCCCCCUUAUCUUCCAAGGUUUAUACCACUGGCGUUCCGGGGUGGCGCAAUUGCCCUAUAUUGCCAUGUUGCUCGGUGCCUUCAUCGGGGGUGCCAUCGGCUGUGCCUUUGAGUACCACUACGGUCUCGAAGAAGAGCGCGAAGGCUACCUCAAGCCGGAAAAGAAGUUGAUUCCUUUGAUCAUCGGGGGGUUUGUCUUCACGGCUGGUAUCUUCUGGUUGGGCUGGGGUGGUGCCUUUGGUAACAAGGUGCACUGGAUUGUCCCCACCAUCGGUGCCGUCCCCGUGGGUAUGGGGCUUAUUCUCAUUUUCUUGCCCUGUUUCAACUACAUCAUCGACUGUUACCUUAUCUACGCCGCCUCGGCCAUCGCCGGGAAUACCUUCUUGCGGUCGGCGUUCGGUGCUGCGUUCCCGUUGUUCACCAAGCAAAUGUUCACCAACAUGAAGGUGAAGUGGGCGCUGACGUUGAUCGGGGGUCUCGCCGCCAUCAUGAUCCCCGUCCCCGUAUUCUUCUACAUUUACGGGGACCGGUUCAGAUUGCGCUCGAAGUACUCGGUCGACAUGCGUGAGCUCAAGAAGGAAAUGAGCGGCAGCGCCGACCAAGAUGAAGCCGACCUUGCGGAAGCCGAAGUCCGCAACUACCCCAUCAAGGAGGAACUCCAGGAAGCGGAAGCCGAGAACCGCCCGCUCACAUAG